GAAGACCACGUGGCGUUUUUGAUCACCGUCCCCACGGCCCUGGCCAUCUUCUUUGCGAUCUUCAUCCUCGUCUGCAUCGAAGCUGUGUUCAAGAAGCUGCUACGCCUCUUCUCGCUGGUGAUAUGGAUCUGUCUCGUCGCCAUGGGAUACCUGUUCAUGUGCUUUGGAGGUACCAUCUCACCUUGGGACCAGGUGUCCUUCUUCCUCUUCAUCGUCUUCGUGGUGUACACCAUGCUGCCCUUCAACAUGCGGGACGCGGUCAUCGCCAGCGUCCUCACCUCCGCCUCGCACACCAUCGUCCUCAGCGUCUGCCUCUCUGCGGACCCAGAGGCCAGGGAGCACCUGGUCUGGCAGAUCCUGGCCAAUGUGAUCAUCUUCAUCUGCGGGAACCUGGCGGGCGCCUACCACAAGCACCUCAUGGAGCUGGCCCUGCAGCAGACCUACCAGGACACCUGCAACUGCAUCAAGUCCCGCAUCAAGCUGGAGUUUGAGAAACGCCAACAGGAGCGGCUCCUUCUGUCCCUGCUGCCCGCCCACAUUGCCAUGGAGAUGAAAGCCGAGAUCAUCCAGCGGCUGCAGGGCCCCAAGGCCGGCCAGAUGGAGAACAGCAACAACUUCCACAACCUGUACGUCAAGCGGCACACCAACGUCAGCAUCCUGUAUGCGGACAUUGUUGGGUUCACCCGGCUGGCGAGUGACUGUUCCCCGGGAGAGCUGGUCCACAUGCUGAAUGAACUCUUUGGAAAGUUCGAUCAGAUUGCGAAGGAGAACGAGUGCAUGAGAAUUAAGAUCCUGGGCGACUGCUACUACUGUGUGUCCGGACUCCCCAUCUCCCUGCCGAACCACGCCAAGAACUGUGUGAAGAUGGGGCUGGACAUGUGCGAGGCCAUCAAAAAAGUGAGGGACGCAACGGGCGUGGACAUCAACAUGCGUGUGGGCGUGCACUCAGGCAACGUGCUGUGUGGUGUCAUCGGGCUGCAGAAGUGGCAGUACGACGUGUGGUCACACGACGUCACACUGGCCAACCACAUGGAGGCCGGAGGGGUCCCGGGGCGUGUCCACAUCUCCUCUGUCACCUUGGAGCAUCUCAACGGAGCCUACAAGGUGGAGGAGGGAGACGGUGACAUCCGGGACCCGUAUCUGAAGCAGCACCUGGUGAAAACCUACUUUGUCAUCAACCCCAAGGGAGAACGGCGGAGCCCCCAGCAUCUCUUCCGGCCUCGCCACAACCUGGACGGAGCCAAGAUGCGGGCGUCGGUGCGCAUGACUCGCUACUUGGAGUCCUGGGGGGCGGCCAAGCCCUUCGCACACCUGCACCACAGAGACAGCAUGACCACUGAGAACGGCAAAAUCAGCACCACGGACGUACCCAUGGGCCAGCACAAUUUCCAGAAUCGCACCCUAAGAACCAAAUCACAAAAGAAAAGAUUUGAAGAAGAAUUGAAUGAAAGGAUGAUUCAAGCUAUUGAUGGAAUCAAUGCUCAAAAGCAGUGGCUCAAGUCUGAAGACAUCCAGAGAAUCUCCCUCCUCUUCUACAACAAAAUACUGGAGAAAGAGUACCGAGCCACGGCCCUGCCUGCCUUCAAGUACUACGUCACCUGUGCCUGCCUCAUCUUCCUCUGCAUCUUCCUCGUCCAGAUCCUCGUGGUUCCCAAAACCACCACCCUGGGAGUCUCCUUCGGCCUCGCCUUUCUUGUUCUCACCGUCAUCCUGCUGGUCUGCUUUGCCGGGCACCUUCUGCAAUGCAGUAAGAAGGCGUCUGCCUCCCUCCUGUGGCUCCUCAAGUCCUCGGGCAUCAUCGCCAGCCGGCCCUGGCCGCGGGUCUCCCUCACUCUCGUCACCACAGCCAUCGUACUGACCAUGGCCGUGUUCAACAUGUUUUUUCUGGAGGUUCCGAAAGAGAAUCCCACGCUAACUGCCAACACUUCCAACACCAGCUUGUCCCCAGCCAACAACCAGACUCUUCAGCACGCGCAGAGGUUAUACUUCCUCCCGUAUUACAUCUACAGCUGCGUCCUGGGACUCAUCUCCUGCUCCGUCUUCCUGCGGGUCAACUACGAGCUGAAGAUGCUCAUCAUGGUGGUCGCCCUGGUGGGCUACAGCACCAUCCUGCUGCACACGCACGCCCACGUGCUGGACACCUACAGCACGGCGCUGUUCCAGAGACCAGGCAUCUGGAAAGACCUAAAGAUCAUGGGCUCCGUGUCUCUCUCUAUCUUCUUCGUCACACUGCUUGUUCUGGGCCGUCAGAAUGAAUAUUACUGUAGGUUGGACUUCCUGUGGAAGACCAAGUUCAGGAAAGAACGGGAGGAGAUCGAGACCAUGGAGAACCUCAACCGGGUGCUGCUGGAGAACGUGCUGCCCGCCCACGUGGCAGAGCACUUCCUGGCGCGGAGCCUCAAGAAUGAGGAGCUGUAUCACCAGUCUUACGACUGUGUCUGCGUCAUGUUCGCCUCCAUCCCAGAUUUCAAGGAAUUCUACACAGAAUCGGAUGUGAACAAGGAAGGCUUAGAGUGCCUUAGGCUCCUGAACGAGAUCAUUGCCGACUUUGAUGAUCUGUUGUCCAAGCCCAAGUUCAGUGGGGUGGAGAAGAUCAAGACCAUCGGCAGCACAUACAUGGCGGCGACGGGUCUGAGCGGGGUGCCCAGCCAGGAGCUCGCCCAGGAGCCGGAGAGGCAGCACCUGCACAUUGGCACCAUGGUGGAGUUUGCGUUCGCACUGGUGGCAAAGCUGGAAGCCAUCAACAAGCACUCCUUCAACGACUUCAAGCUGCGAGUGGGCAUCAACCAUGGCCCAGUUAUUGCCGGUGUCAUCGGCGCCCAAAAGCCACAGUAUGAUAUCUGGGGCAACACCGUCAACGUGGCCAGCCGCAUGGACAGCACUGGGGUCCUGGAUAAAAUACAGGUGACGGAGGAGACGAGCCUGGUCCUGCAGACGCUGGGCUACGCCUGCGCGUGCCGUGGCAUCAUCAACGUCAAGGGCAAAGGGGAGCUGAAGACCUACUUUGUGAACACGGAGAUGUCCCGGUCCCUGUCACAGAGCAACCUGGCAUCCUGA